UGGCCAUGUAAACAACGAUUCGAGACUGCGGGCUGUGUUGUGAAAAGCAGGACUGUUGGGCGGAUGCUUAUAGUGCAGGCAUUCUAAUGAGUUGCUAGAGGGAGACUGUUUCCAGCUGAUCAUAUAUUGAUGCCCUUUUGCUGAUGCAUUACCAAACUAUUUAAAGCAAAAGGAACAUCAUGGGUGGAGCAGUGAGCGCUGGUGAAGACAAUGAUGAUCUAAUCGACAAUCUUAAAGAAGCCCAAUAUAUACGAACUGAAAGGGUGGAACAGGCCUUUAGAGCAAUUGAUCGCGGAGAAUAUUAUUUGGAGGGAUACAGGGACAAUGCUUAUAAAGAUUUGGCUUGGAAGCAUGGUAACAUACACUUAUCAGCACCGUGCAUCUAUUCUGAAGUUAUGGAAGCACUUAAGCUUCAGCCGGGAUUGUCUUUUCUCAAUCUGGGAAGUGGAACUGGAUAUUUAAGUACAAUGGUGGGCUUAAUAUUAGGUAAAUGCCUUUAUCUUUUCAUAGUAAUAAGUAUAGUACUUGCUUUGUUUUUUAACAAAAAAAAAGUGGUUUUGACUAUAAGCUGUUCUCCACUCAAAAACAUUUAAAGCGCUAGCUUAACAAAGACUGCUAUUUUGGGUUUACUGUACAAACCAAGAGGCACAGCACUGAGCAGUAGUAGUGAAGAUCCUCACCUCUGAAAAUGUUAUCUGUAUUUCCUUAUCUUGAGGUACAGCACAUCUCAUUGUUAUCUGUAAGUAAUGAGCAGAAGGGAGUGCAGAAAUGACAUAGCAUAAUCUGUUUGAUAAAAUAGGAUAGCAGUGACAGAGCAGCGAAGGUGACAGGGGAAAUUAACAUCCUUUCAAGGUGCAGGAGAGCACCUUGCGUGGAUACGACAGUAUAUCCUAAACACAAGUUCUACUGUCCGCUGUAGAUUAUGGUAUCGGGACAAAACUAUGGGGUGAUUUAUAAACAUUUAUAUUCAAAUUUUCUCCAACAUUUGAAUUUUUUUGCACAAAAGCUCCCGGAUUCAAAAUAUGGUUUCCAAAACUAGAAAUUUUUAAAUAAAUAAGCUUUUGAGUUUGGUAAAACUUCAAGUUUAUUUGAAUUAAAAAAAAAAAAUAUAUAUAUAUAUAUAUCACAAAUUAGAAAAUUGAUAAAUAAGCCUUACCAAAGUGGUAUGAUAUACCAAGUGUUUCUUACCACAAAGGGCAAUUAUCAAAAUGCUCCAUUCAUUCCUGUGGGAAUCGGGACAUUUAUUUUAAGAUGUUAUACUAAAAAUACACUUUUCUAAUGACAUUGAUGCAAAGAUUUUAAUAGUUCAGAAUAAAAUAAAAUUGCGUAUCCUAUACAGAA